UGUGCAGGCUUAUAUCUCAUAUAGUCUGAGGGAUUUUGGUGGCUCUUUCUUUCAGAAAACAUCUCCUUUUAGGACCAAGCGGCCCUCCUCUCGACCUCCAUGCUGGCUCUGGCAAGGUACCAAGUAGCACAAGUGCCGACUAGCCAAUAGGGUUCAGGGGGAGGUCCCUGAGCUCUGACCAGUCAAACACACUCUCCUUCCUUAUAUGGCAGCCGAUCUCCAUGGUAACGUGUGCUAAGUUGCAGCAGUCGUGUCAAAGUUCACUAUAUAGAGAGCUCAGUGAGCUGAUCAGAGAGAAAGCAUUCUGCCAGCCCGGCUCCUACCAAUCGCAAAUCACUUCCUAACCUCCGCCUUUUUAACAUAUUUGAUCACUUUGAUUCUCCGCUGCUUUUUCCUAUUAUUUUUCAACGCACGGAGGAGGUUUUGUAGGUUGUGAUCUUUGUUUUUUUUUUUUUUUUUUUUUUUUUUUUUUUUGGUUUCUUGUUUUUACUGCUGUUGAUUUUUGGAGGGGGAAGAGAGUUGUCUUCAUAUUCCAAGCUCUCAAAACACAGAGCUUCAGCUGCGCGCUUGCUUGGCGCAACCUCACAAGGAGAAACGGGAAGAAGGCGCUGCUUAUUCUGAUUUUUUUGUUUUGUUUUGUUUUUUGUCAUCAUUUGACUGGUUUUCUUCAGGACUUGUGCUGGAACUUGAUAGUAGAGCUGCUACAGUGUGUGUGUUCUUGUGUGUGCUGCAGUUGGGAGCCUGCUCCAUCAUACCAAGAACAGUCCCAUGCUACCUCGGUUGGUUCUUUUUGACAUAUUCAGCCUACCUUUCCUCCCAUUGAUGGGUGUGCUGGAUGGCUGACUGUAAGCGCCCCUGGACUUGGCCUUUAAGCGCAAGGCAGCCGCUCAGCUCGCCGUCGCAUCAGUUUUGAAACCGUGCCUCCCCAGGCGUCUCCAACAGCAAUAAAACCGACAGUUUCCCGGAGAUCCGGAGUGGAUCCAAACGCCAGGCUGUUACAGUCCCCCGACUUUUUCCUUGAGACAUUCUCCACCGCGGGCAGCAAACACGGCAGACAAAAAGUUUCUCUCCGUUGACUGAUAGAUAUGGCAAUGGUAGCGUGGAGAGGCUCCCAGGACGAUGUGGCUGACACCCAAGGCGCCCUUUCCUCGCAGACCCAAGGAGGACUAUCCCUUCCCACCCCUCAGCCGGGCCAGCUGAACCUGACAGCCUCCCAGAUCGCCCCACCGACCCCUCAGACUCCGGUACAGGGACCCCCGAACAACGCGCAAUCCACGCCGACGAACCAGACGUCGCAGCAGUCGGAGAAGCAGCCGCAGCACAUCGAGUGCGUGGUGUGCGGGGACAAAUCUAGCGGCAAGCACUACGGCCAGUUCACCUGCGAGGGCUGUAAGAGCUUCUUCAAGCGGAGCGUACGGCGGAACCUCACUUACACAUGCCGUGCCAACAGGAAUUGUCCGAUCGACCAGCACCACCGCAAUCAGUGUCAGUACUGCCGCCUCAAAAAAUGCCUUAAAGUCGGCAUGAGACGGGAAGUUUCUCUUUUUACUGCAGCCGUGCAAAGGGGACGGGUGCCACCCACACAGCCACACCACGGUCAGUUCGCCUUGACAAAUGGAGACCCACUCCACUGCCAUUCCUACUUAUCCGGAUAUAUCUCUCUUCUGCUGAGAGCGGAGCCCUACCCGACGUCCCGCUACGGCAGCCAGUGCAUGCAGCCCAAUAACAUCAUGGGCAUCGAGAACAUUUGCGAGCUGGCGGCCAGGAUGCUCUUCAGCGCCGUGGAGUGGGCCAGGAAUAUUCCCUUCUUCCCGGACCUGCAGAUCACAGACCAGGUGGCUCUGCUGAGGUUGACGUGGAGUGAGUUAUUCGUUCUCAACGCCGCGCAGUGCUCCAUGCCCCUGCAUGUGGCUCCUCUCCUAGCGGCGGCUGGCCUCCACGCCUCCCCAAUGUCGGCGGACAGAGUGGUGGCCUUUAUGGACCACAUUAGGAUCUUCCAGGAGCAAGUGGAGAAGCUCAAAGCUUUGCACGUUGACUCUGCCGAAUAUAGCUGCUUAAAGGCAAUUGUGCUCUUCACCACAGAUGCUUGUGGCCUCUCAGAUGUGGCCCAUGUGGAAAGUUUGCAGGAGAAGUCCCAGUGCGCCCUGGAGGAAUAUGUCCGGAGCCAGUAUCCCAACCAGCCAACACGGUUUGGGAAGUUGUUACUCCGCUUGCCUUCCCUCCGCACAGUCUCUUCCUCGGUCAUAGAACAGUUAUUUUUCGUCCGAUUGGUAGGUAAAACCCCCAUUGAAACUCUCAUCAGGGAUAUGUUGCUGUCGGGGAGCAGUUUUAACUGGCCUUACAUGUCAAUUCAGUAAAAACUGGGAAAGAGACGAACUUGAACGAAAAAAAAAAUGCAGGGGGGCUCUGAAGGUGUGUGCGUGCGGGGGAGGAGGGGGAUUCAUUGAUUAUAGCUGCUUUUGUGGAAGGAUUUAAAAACGGCUGUUACACGGGGCUGGCUUUCAUGAAGAAAGACAUAAAUGACUGUGAAUUCAACCCCCACCCCUCUACUCUGAGAGAAAAAAGAAAAAUUAAGACAUUCAACUGAACUUUCAAAAUACAAGCUCCCACAGUGUUCAGCAAGAACAACAUGCUCCUAUUCAUUUUUUUAAUGAAAGAAGAAAAUGAGGAAAAAAAAAGAAGGGAUUGUUUUUUUUUUGUUGAUCCUUAUUAAAAAAAAUUAAGUAUUAAGUGCAUUUAAAAUGGGAAAAAAUUGGGUUAAAAAAAAAGAAAAAAGUUAAGAAAGGGGAAAAAAUUCAUUUUCUGAAAUGACUUGUCCUGUGUCCAUGUAUAGCUGUGUUUUUGUACUUUCUUUGUUCCUCCUUUCUGGUUACAAACCGGCCUAUGUGAUUUCUGUAGUUCAGGUGAUGUUAUUUUUUAAGACAAUGAUUUAUUUUAAAAAUGGUGAAAUAAUGUAAAGAAAUAAAUAAAAAAAAACAUACAAACAAACAAAAAGGUUCUAAAGAGAAUUAAAACCACAGCAAUAGGAGAAUAGGCUUAAUGCUGCAAGCGCACUUAUACACUUAGGAAGACCAAUACCAUGUGGGGCAAAACUAGGGAGGUGUUGAACUUUAUGACCCAUAUUUUCAUUAUUUUGUGCUAUUAUGAAGUUACGGGAGCUUUUUUUUAAAAUUAUUAUUAUUUCUUUUCUUACUAAAUAAAUAUUGAAUCUGCUUGGAUGAUUCAAUCAACCCCUCUCCCCCGACUGCCCACCUCAUCCAGCUGCAAAUAUCAGGCAUUACUUCUUCAAAUUGGACACACUUAAAAGGAAACUUUUAACAUUUAUUAAAUUUGUUCUAUUUACAAGUCUCCAAGGCCUGCUACAAUAGAGGCAAAUCAAGAGCACUGGAGAGCAACAGAAAGAAUAACCCGGCUUGUUGUUGAAAAAGAAGUUGGAGAGGUCAAGGGGUCAUAAAAGUUUUGAAGCAGGGCCAGAGCAGCAUUUAAUAGCAGUAUUAUUAAAGCCUCCCUGAAAUGUCACCCUUUAUUCACUUCAAGCAUUAAGUGCCUGACAAGAAGAGCAUGAUGUGAUUUCUCAUCAAAACAUUGUUAAAAGUAGGCCUGCAGAAUUUUUUGGUUUUGAUUUUUCUUUUUUCUAUUUUCUUUUUUGCUUUUCUUGUUCAGAGGAUGGGAAGGGGGGACGGAAGAAAAUUAGAUUUCAGUCUAAUUUCAGUCGAGUUUCACUUGCAAAACACUGAUUUAGAGGCAGUAUUCUUGUAAAUAUAGGUCAGUUCAUUUCGACAAGUUUGUUCCUUUAUACAAAGUAUAUGUGAUUAAGAAAAAAAAUCUGUGGUUGCCAUUUUUUUUUUCUUUCUCGGUAAUACAAACGUCUUCAGAAUUGAGUGGCAGGUUUUAGCUGGUAGCACUGAAAGUUCUGUUUUUAAUGUAUAUACAUAUUACUGCGAAAAUGUUUUCUUUUUCAUGUAUAUUUAGACUGUGAAUGCAUGGCCACAGGUCGCUAACCUAUUUUACCUUUGAUAUAUAAAUGUAAAUGUUUUCUCUAUCUCUCUCUCUUAUUCUCUCUCUUUCUUUUUUGACUGUAUAGAUAUAAUCUGUGCAUUCAGUACACACUAGCCCUUGUAUUUAAAGAGACAGAAAAGAGGGGAGAAAAAAAGGAAAAGGACGUUCAUUAUUAGGCUACAGACGCAAAACAGGGUGAGCAGAUUUGUUUUGUUUUGUUUUACUUUUAUUUCUUUUCUCUUUUUUUCCCUUUUGAAAAAAGAAAAAAGGAGCAAAUAUUUUAACUUUACUGUCAUUGCUCCUUUGCUCUUUGACAGGUGCCGUGGUGUGCGUGUGUGCGAGAAUGCGUGUGCGUAGCUGUGUGUGCGUGUCUGGAAGCUGCGUUUUGUCCUUGUUUUGAAGCUUUUCUUUAACACACACACACACACACACACACACACACACACACACACACACACACACACACACACAUACACACACAGGGAGAAAAAGGAAAAAAAAACAAAAACAAAAAAAAACACCAUGUUGUGGUUGAACUGAAAGGGAUUGAACACUGAUGUUUGGCUGUUCGUGGCCACAUAUGGACCAGAGAAUGAUACAUGAUUGUAAUUAUGAACAGUUUAAACUGACCCACGUUUUUAUAUAAAUAUAUAAAAAUAUAUGACUGCAGGGUAUUGAUAACGUAUAGAUACUUUUUUUAUGAUUAUCAUUAUUAUUAUUAUUAUUAUUAUUAAUUGCAAGUGAUAUAUGUGAGUGUGCGUGAAAGUUUAUAGUUGAACACAAUUCUUGUUUGUUUGUGUUAGCUUAUUGUAAACAAGCAUUCUGCUGUAAAUUUGUUCUUGGUAUUAAAUUAUAAUUUAUGAAUUUGAAAACAGUUUUU